GUCCGCAGCUCACUGGAAGGAAAGAUUAUCACUGGAUAGUGACUUAACUUUAGAAAAAAGAAAGUCAGAGGCUUAAAACUACGUGAGGAUUGCAGAAUCUAAACACCCCUAAUAUACAGUUACAUUACAUUUACAAAAAUGUGGAUGAGAAAAGGCUCUAUAAAUGAAGAGUCAUAUUCUCUGGUGGACAACAUGCUUGAAGAGAUGACAGAGGACACCUGCAAUGAAAUCCACAAUUCAAAAGGAGAGCAACAAACAGAAAGUAUAAUCAACUCGGCACCCCAAAAUAGGCCAGGUGUGGAAGAGACUGGCAAGAAGGUGCUUGAUACUUUCAAACAGAUUCUGAGUGAUACCUCAAACACUCAAAAUCUUUCCUUUAAAACUGCAGUGUUGCAAAGGUGGGGUCAACAAUAUGGCUUUACCAUUAACAGUAAUCCUCAAGACUACCCUUGUGAGUACCUUCAGGAAAUAGAGCGGUUUGUAGAAAACCACUUUCCCACACUGCCAUCAAAGGGAUCACAAGGAUGUCAUGAUGAGUUAAAGAACUUCCUAAAUAACACAGAGAAGACAAUAUGCAACGAGGUGCUCCGUUUAACACCUUUACUGAAAGAUUCUGGGCUGCUAGUUCCUCUAAAGGAUAGUUACAGCCGUCACCUCUUUACCACGUUGGACCCGCUCCUAAACAGUGAUCUGUCUGUAAAAGAGAUAUACUGGCUUAUUUCAUGGGGAAGAGAUGUUUUCUUCAGGCAGGACUCACUAAAUUUCCUUGAAGUGUAUGACCCUCUGUUGUUGACAGGAUGGUUUGAAAAAGCAAAAAUAACACUGCUGAAAGUGCUUCCGAAUUACAUUUCCACAACUCUACAGAACAUCCUUUGCAAUGAUGAGCACUAUGGACAUAAUGAAACAUCAAUGGAUCAAGAAACUUUUAACAGAGUUCACAUAGAUGUCACUCAGUGCUUAAACAGUGUUAUAUUGGAGGCUAAAAAGGUUGGUCUGACCUUGAUGGAUGAGGUACAAAAACUCUGUAGUGGAGAGCUACACAUUUUUGUUCAGAAGUAG